AUUAAGAAAGGAGAGCAUUUCGAUAAAGGUUUUUCUCCAGUUGCGUGUAUUAUCAGAUAAGUAGGUUGACUGAAAUUGUUUUCCUUGUUUCUUGGUACUUGAUCUGGUCUUUGUUGUUUUAUGGUUUUUGGGUCCAUAUUGAGAAAUAAAUAUUCAGCUCCUAGUGACCCCACCCACCAUGGGGCCCAACAAGGGGAUGUCGUCACAUGGGUGAUUCCCAUAGACUGUCACACCAGGGUUUCCCAGGAGCUAUACCCUCACAAUGCAGUCAAGAAGAGCACAUCUGAACUGACAAGACAAAACUGUCAAGCAGGGACGCGUCCGCCCGGUCUGCAUCGAUCGGUUGACUCCAAGCCGAGGUCAAGAAUGACUCAACGACCAGCCGAUUGACUCAAACGGAGCCUGAUUUGAGCCUCCCGUUUAUCCGAAGCAGGGGCCAAAGCAGUGUGUUGGGGACGUUAUGUUGCCCCUCAACUACCAGGAUCCCUCUUUCCGGCAUACAGGGUACCACGCACGGCAAACACGUGGGUGGGCGUUCAGAUCCCAGGGAUGGUGAAGAAGAGUUACUAAACCAUCUCUGGGAGGUCCCCUCACCACGGACAGGAACCCACAUCGAGGGGGCUGUAGGAAAGAGAGAUUUUAGAUGUAAAUCUGAGAGAGGUAGAAAGGUAUCGUACCACGACCGGUAUACGGAAUCGAGGACCGCCGACGGCAAACAAUAGAGAAGAAAGGGAGUCUAAAAUUAAAUGUGUCAUGUGUGGCUUAGUGGGAGAUUUUAGCAGAAAUUGCCCUUGGAGGCAUAUUAAGCAAGAAAGAUCGAAAUCCAAGGCAACACGAGUAGUUAAAAUGGACGAAACUGUAAGACCCAGCGACCAGCUAAUCGCCAGAGUAAACAUUGAUGAGGACGCGAUCAGUGAGAACAUACCUGCUAGCGCUAACAAAAACAUUGAGCUUACUUGUCAGGAUCGUCAGUUUUCUGUGAUAGUGGAUACCGGAGCAGAAAUAACGGUAAUCAGGAAGGCUCUGAUACCCGAUCACAUGUCUCAUGCUGCAAGAAAGAUCAGGCUGAUCGCUGCGUUCGGACAACAGGUAACUGCAGCCUUGGUUACCAUUCCUGUCAGCUUAAAAAAAACGGCCGGACAGAAAGGAAGCGGAUUACACCCUGGUUUUAAUAAUUUGCGCCCUAACUGA